CUGAAAAAAAAUCUAUACUUCUCAUYAACACACAAAACUAAAAAUUCACGUCCCGGUCUGGUUUUUGUACAGUGACCCCAGCUGCUAGCUGCUUCGCCUCUCCUCACUGACCAACACUUCUUCACCCCAGUCCUUCGUUGGAAACAGCCRCCACCAUGAGCUCCUCUCCGCUGGUUUCUCGAGCUAACGUGGACAUCCUGGACGAGUUGCAGCUGAUCGCUGCUCAGAACCUGGAGAGGCUGGAGGUUAACAAGUACUAUGAGGUGAUCAGGGAGCUGGGGAAGGGCACCUACGGCAAGGUGGACCUUGUGAUCCACAAGAUCAGAGGUACAAAAAUGGCACUGAAGUUUCUGAAGAAGAAGACGACGAAGCUGAAAUCGUUCCUUCGGGAGUACAGCAUCUCACUCUAUCUCUCCCCCUGCCCCUUCAUCAUCAACAUGUACGGCAUUGCCUUUGAGACGGACGAGUACUACGUCUUUGCCCAGGAGUACGCUUUGGCAGGAGACCUCUUCGACAUCAUUCCCCCACAGGUUGGUCUACCUGAGUCGGUGGCGAAGCGUUGCGUGCAUCAAGUGGCCAUCGCUCUGGAUUAUCUGCAUUGUAAGAAACUUGUCCACAGGGACAUCAAGCCUGAAAACAUCCUCAUUUUCGACAGAGAGUGUCGCAAAGUCAAGCUUUCAGACUUUGGCAUGACCCGUCGGGCUGGCUCGCCUGUGAAAAGAGUGAGUGGCACCAUUCCCUACACGGCCCCAGAGCUCUGCGAUGCCUCCCGCCAGGAGGGUUUCUGUGUGGACUACAGCACCGAUGUCUGGGCCUUUGGUGUGCUGCUCUUCUGCAUGCUGACYGGCAACUUCCCUUGGGAGAAGGCGCUUCCCACCGAUACGUUCUAUCAAGAGUUCAUCCACUGGCAGAGGAGGAGGACGAACACGGUGCCAUCGCAGUGGAGGCGUUUCACCGAGCAGGCGCUGCGAAUGUUCCGCCGCCUGCUCUCGGUGGAGCAGGACCGCCGCUGCUCCGUUAAGGAGGUGUUCGGGUAUUUCAGCCACUCCUGGAUGCUGGAUGCAGAGCAUGACAACAACGGMAAUGCAGGGGGCAGUGGUAGCGCGGAGAUGGUUGGYGGGAGCAACAUAGGAGGUGGAGGAGGAGGGAAUGUGCGAGGAGAUAUGGAAGGCACCAUCUCUACUUCUUCGUCAGGGGAAGAAGAUGAGGAGCUCCUGGUGGAGAGGAUGAAGCAGCAGACUUUGUCGCCUCGUUCACCGCUCUCGCCCCUCUCUCCAAUGUCUCCCAUGGUGGUGGAAAGGGGCAGUGGUGGUGGCGGGGCCAAGGGAGCAAUGAUGGACCCGGGUGGAGGACAUCAUUUCGUGUCUGUCUCCACUAACAGCUCGGUGUCGUCCACCAACAGUUAYGACCGAAUGCCACGGGAAAACGGUUCCCCUGGCGGCCGCUUGCUAGUGGCUACACCCAUUGAGAUCUGCGUGUGAGCAUGGCGAACUCUGCGACYGACUCAACCCACACUUCCAUACCUCUCGAACUGCAAUAGUUGUGCAUGCAUCGAAACAAGACCAGACUAAAAGUACUAACGUGUAUCCUGUUUUCUACAUCUUGGGAAGAAAGUCGACACGUUGAAGACUUAGUAGAUCUUGAUUGAAGGCACAUACAGAAAGAUCUUUKAUUGGAUGUCAUCAAGAGAGGCUUUGUUUACAAUCUAGGGACAUUUUGAGGUGCAUUUCAUGAGAAUAUAAAGAAAAAGUGAGAAACUCCGUGACUAAAACCAUCAGAAAAGAAAACCAAAAUGUAUUUUAUAGAGCAAUACUUGCAGCAAAAAUAAUUCAAGGGAAGACUUCACAAGCUGUGACGAAACAACGAAGAACUUGUUUCUGUGAUGAGGACUAAAACAGAACUCGAAGAAACACCCUGGUUGACGGAGUGGGACGAUGUGUAACAAAAAUGUGAAAGUGUGUUUGUGGUUUGUGUGUAUGAAUCUUAAAAAAGUGUAUUUUGCUUUGAGAUACAAUUUAUUUAUUUAAUCGUAAAAGACUAAAAUUGUUUUUUCUAUUUUAUUUCUUUUUGUUGUUUUUUUAAUAAUGUAGCUUUCCUUUUUUCCACUUUAGUGAAUACUGUUAAGUGACUUCCGACUCCUCUUCCCUGUGCAACACUUGCGGUYGGCUAAUAAGUCGGGGUGUAACUAUUUGUUCAUCUCCUGAGACACCGUGAUACGGGACACUGAGUUCACCACAGCGAUUUGAUUCACAAAUAGUGCGAAGGGUUCAAAAAUCACAAACUACAAACUGUUUUUGAAAAAUSCCYAUUUAAGGUGAGAGUUAUUAAUUUCGGAUUUGUUAGGGUUUWUGCUUCCCUUAAUUCGCAGUAGCCAAAUUUCACAAGUUAAAUCUAAACUAACAUUUUAGAUUUCAUCCAGUCUUUUUCAAUUUAUAGCUAGAAAUGAUCAAAUGUGCUUCCUUAAAAUAAUACUAAAAMCAUAUUUAUUAUGUUGCCUAUAGGAAGUUUUGAGUCAGAUGMUAGCUUCAGCAUUGUGAGCUUCUGUUGGUUUAAGGUAUAAAUUCAUCUUGUUUUCCCCUCACAUGCGGUUUAUUUCCCUAUAGCGAAUCAAAAUUACAGACCAACAAAUGAUUUAAGUCAUGGUGUCAACUUCCAAAUGCUAAUUUAUCAGACUGUUAUCAUCCAGCCCAAUUUGCAAUCCUUGUGGUCGACUCAGUUAACGCAACACUAUUUUUUUUCUUACUUUGGAUAAAAACCUAGCAAAAAAUUUCCAGAUGUAGCUUGAAGCACUUAUUUUCAUAUCAGGGACUCAACUCUGUUUCACCAGGCGAUCCUGCCCCACAUAUUAGCUAGACAGGAAAGUGUGUGUGUGACAGAAAUGUCAACACAUUUCAGUAUCACKAGAUUUCGUACCACAAAAUGCUGUUACACCCCAACUGAUGAGCAUACCGGCGUUAAUGCUUGUACCAGAAAAAUCUAACACUAUUCGCCUAACUUUAGGCGAGAGAAAAUGACUAUGAUGUCUCUGUCUAUUUUUAUAUUUACUCCUGAAGUUCGUCUUUGAAAGCUUCACAGGAAAAUCUGUCAGCGAUGCUUUUUGUUUUCAUUGUGUUUUAUUUUUUACCGAACAUGCGUUUCCUCUGACACUACUAUCUAAAUACUGUCUGUAGAUUAAAAAGAAACAACCUUAGCUCAAUUUGGAAGGGAAAAAAACAACAAAACAGAAAAGAAAAUAACACCAACUUUAUCACUGCAUGAUUAGCUCUCACUUACAGUAAAAAAAAAAAGACACUUGUUAAAGAAAAAGGUUUUGCAGAAAUAUGUGAUUAUUUUUGCAAUAGCACACCUUCUUGCAUUGUAUUCAAGACUGAAUACCAGUGUUAUGAUCUCUUGAGAAAUUCUGGUACUAAAAAAAAAAAAAGAAAACAGUAAUUAGUUUUUACUCUGUGUGAAAUAUUUGUGUUAUUGUGUGAUCAUCUCACCACUUUAAAGAACAGCUAAAAAAAAWUUAUAAGCAUGAGGGCACUGGAGCGAGAGGCUGCAAUUAGAAACUACUGUUUUAUCUGAAUAGCUUUCUUCUAAAUGGCCUUUGAUGAGGUAGUGAAGCUUUUCACUUUUUGUAUUUUUUAUCCGAUUUAGAAUGAUGGCAAAAAAAAAAAGAAAAAGAAAAAGCAAACCAUUCCUUUUUUUGACUAUGAGAAAAUAAUUCAAGAAAAACGAUAUUUUCCAAGGCUUAAAAUCAUGUGUAGGAAUGGCUGUCGCUUUCCACACAUUAACCUGCAUGAACAUGUAUGUGCUAAAAAAGCUCUCUUGUGAAAACCUGCUCAGUGUUUCUCGAACCCCAAACCGUAGUAACCCGUAGAUGUAGUGUAGCCGCUGCCGACGAUAUGUUUCUUCAUCUUGUGUCAGUAGCCUCAGCRUGGAUUCUCCCCGACUGAGGAACAACUAGACCCAGCUAAAGCCAGUACAUUGUGCAUUUUCAUCAUCAGUGGGUAUGUAUGCUAAGCACAACAUCUUGUGACAUCUCUGACCUCAUCAGCAGCCUUCUGAUACAGAACAAAGGACCAUCCUGAUGCAGACACUGUAGCCCCGCUGUUUUCUCCAGCUGGCUGUGAGCUACAACACUAAAUUCACAUGACCGCGUGAAACCUGUACAUGAGCUCAUCGAGCAAUUGAAGCACCCGGUAGAUACUGUUAAUGGUGCCUUUGACUUGCUGGGGUUUCUUUUGCAAAGUUUGAAGUCAGGGAAGGAACUCAAAAUGGAUAUUCCUAUUCAGAUACAUGGGUGUUGUAAUUCUUGUAUCUCAUGGUAGGUUUUCAAUAAGAGGCAUUUGAAACUUUUGUUUGUUUWACGUAGGYAUGGGUCCAUGACAAGUAACCAGGCAGAUAAAGCGGCUGCUCAAGUAAAACGCAGGAGGUCAUGGUAUGGAAAAUGAAGUCGCGCCACCUAUCGCUUGCUUUAAGGUAAUGCAGUUUUAAAACAACCGUUAGAAAGCGACGAGCUGUAUGCUAACACCGGCUCAUAACCUGAGCUAACAGGAGUAUUGCUAUUAAAGAGUCGAAUGACAAAAAACGUCGAAUGUUCCGUUCAAUAAGCACUUAAAAGCUUUAGCUAUGCUAGGUUUUUUUUUUUUUACCUAAAGUUUGACUCCAAGUCGUUCUAAUAGUAAAUUGUGAAGUUGUUUUGGCAGCAGCUGAUAUUUCUGUACCCCGUGAGAAUAUUCCAGAAAUUCUGACCUGGAGGUUAUUGCGAAGUUUGAAAUGUCCUACCAAGGAUUUUUCUGGACUGAUUAUAGWCCUUAAAUAUAUGAACAUGACAACCUCAUAGUUUAGAAUGGUUUCUUCCGAUGUUGGGUUCUCCUGAGAUGUUAGCUUUAUGGUUGUCAUGGUUUGCCCGUUGUGUCAGCAGUUUCCAAAACUGUUAAUUUCAGAUAACUAGUGGUUCAGUGUUAAGUUAAAGAAUGCAACAAUAAACAGAGGGAAACAGGAAGUUGUUUCAAAAGUYCUGCUAGAAAAUAGUUGCUAGUAUUUUACUUAUUUUUAAAAUUAUUAAAGCAGCUUCAUGAAGUUUAYCCCUUUUUUAAAAUUGCUUCUAAAAUGUAAAAUUCUAAAUUUGGAUUCUAAAUUAAGGCUUUGCCCAUKAACUAAUGUGGCAAUUGAGUAUUCUCAAUUAUUAUUUAUUUAGUUUGUAUAUUCUGUUUUAGUAUCCAUUAAUCAUCCAAGUCCCACCAGCAAUACUCUGUAUGCUAAAUGUAGCGGAAAGUUUUACUCCAUUAUGUUUUUGAUAAGUGAAUGCGCAAACUGGAUUUUUUUUUUUUUUUUUGUUCAAAUGUUGACUCACUGAUGUCUAACUUUUCUGUUUGUUGAUGUUUUAUUUGAGAAUGAACAGCUCUGUAAUCUUGUUGGUUUGGUAAGAAAGUUGGGGAAUUACAGGCAUCACCUGUCAAUAUAUGAGCAGAACCAGAAUAAGUAAUUGGGUACUUAUUUACUUUCACCCUCACUCGUUUUCUUUGCUUCAAAAAACGUUUGUGCUUGAGCUGAAAAUGGCAAUAUAUAUUUUUAUCAAUUUAUUGCGGUGAGCAAAAGUAGAUUUCCAAGUUCAGCCACUUGGCCCUUUUCGUUUCGUAGUGUCUGAGUCAGUGAUUGCUGCUUCGUCCUUUCAUCCAUAAUGUGAUACAUGUGUGUAAUGAAAUCCCGUUGUCUGUUUGGUGACAUUUCCCAUCAUCAUGAUUUUAGCAGAGUUUUAAUGAGUAGAUUAUCACAGCACUAGAACUCCUAUCCACCUUUGUCUUUGCAAACAACCGUCUUCCUGUAAGCUGAGAUUUAGUCAAUAAAAUGAGAAUAUGUGUUGGAGUGAAA